CUAGGGAUAGGAUCCGUUGCCGAGACCUCCAGCCAAAAGAAAAUUCGACCACCUCUCUCUCUCUCUCUCUCUCUCUGACAGGGAUCGCGACGAGCGGCGCCACCGUCACUGAUCGAAGAGAAACUUCGACAUCGGAACCUGCCGCAGCCACCUCCACCACCACCGCGCACUUCAACUCUCUUUCAGCAAAAAAAAUUGUCACUCAAAUGGAUUUGGAGACGGAAAACAGAUUAGCUGCUAUGCUUAUGAGGGAAGCAGCAGAAUUACGGCGGCAGUCUGAAAGGGAAGGAGUUCUGGCUUAUCUUCGCAAGCCUAAUAUACGGACCCGACCAAAUUCACGUUUCCUCACUGCAACUGUUCGUGGAGUACAACAAGCAAAUCGAGCUGUGGAAGUGAAUGAGAUGUGGCGAUUGAGGCAAAAAGAGCUCGAGCUGGAUAAACGGGUUAAAGAAAAAUCCUUGGGUAAAAGCAGUAGAGAUAGAAGCCAUGGGGAUGAUAACUCAUCAAGAGGCACAGGAAGACAUGCUAGUAUUGAUAAUAGCACUUCAACCUCCUCCUCUUCAAGGUCAGGUAAAAGAGAGUAUGAGUUGGAUAAACGGGUUAAAGACACAUCAAAAGAUAAAAGCAGCGGUGACAGGAGCUAUAGGGCUGGAAACUCAUCAAGAAGCGCCGGAAGACAUGCUGCAGUGGAUAAAAGCACUAGUGCACAUGCUUCAUGCUCCAGUGAAAGAGAAUAUGAGCAUGGUCUGGAAGGUUUAAAGGAUGAAGAGCUUGAGGAGUUUCUACACUCAAGGACCAAGCGAGGCAGAGGUGCUGUUGGUCCAAGGAUGGAUGAGACUGGACCUUACCUUCCUCAUUUGGAAGGGGAGCCUAGUACUAGUCCCGAUGUAAGGGAGCAUCGUGUUAUUUAUGGUCCAGAGAAGCCUCUGUCAUUGAGGCCAUAUGAAUCUUCUGAUGAGGAGGAGCUUCAUGAAGAAAGGCGGAAAAAGAGUAAAAAGUCUCAUUCUAAGAACUCAGACAAGGAGCGUUCUAAGAAGCACAGGUCCAAAGAUAAAUCUAAGCAUAAGAAAAAGAAAAGGGAGGAGAAACGAAGUAAACAUCAUCACUGAGGCUCUUCUGUAACUUGAUAUUCUCACAUGAAGGUUAUAACUAGCGGAUACAGGGAAUUCGGAUGCAGCUCGUGUGUAUUUUGUACAGAUAAUUUUCUGUAAAAUCAAAUGCAAAUCCAACCAGUUUGGCCAUUUGAUGCAAAAGUAAUUAUUAAUUUCAAUUGACUUGUGUUAAGGGAGAAUAUUUAAGCUAGUUAUUUGCCCACUUAAAAUUUUUUACUCA